UUUUUUUUAAAAGUCGACUUUUAUUUGCGGCCCGCCGACAAAAGAGGCGGAUUUUUUUUGGGUGAGUUUGGUUUUGGAUUGAGGAUGAAAACACUGCUCGUAUUAAUGGGGCCUCCUUUUACGAUUUUGAACAUUCGUGUACACACAAAGCAAAUGAUCAACAAGUGUCCCACAUGCGACGCACAGCAUCAGUGGCCAUUGCAACCAACAAGAUAGUUGCCGCAUCUUGAUUGACGGGUUCGAUCAAUGGUGGUGUGAAGAGACGUAAUCAUCCGGCAGCUUGCGGUUUCUGUGGUCAAGGCUCCUGACCGCAGAAAACUCCUUGUCGAGAAUUCGGAGUGAAUUACAAAAUCGGAGUACAGCCACAGUGAAACAUGAACAUUGGAACCGACCAUUGCGUUGUAUAGUUUACAAUUUGUGCAGUAAUACUUCCGUAACUCAAAACUUCAAAGUGUCAUUUCUAUAAAAUGAACAUUACUGCUAGUUUGCCUCUUACGGGCACGCACCUGCACCGUCAGCAUAACCUGGGAUCCAGCAUGCAGUCGACAGUCAAGCACCCGUCAGAUUUCUCCAUCGAUUUCCUUCUGGGAAUGCAGUCCACGAGUAGGCCAUCGCGGACGAUCGAGAGGUGCCACACUGUCCACCAGCAUGUACAGAGACUCUCGCCCUGCUCAUGCUACAUUCACAGCCCAAGAUCAGCAGCAGUUUCCAGCGAUGACCUGACCCGGCAUUCGCAGCACGAUCGGUGCAACGUCGGUUCGUCUUGCCCCGGUCCUCGCACCAUCAGUCCCGAGACCCCAACGGUGUCACCGCCCACCAACGGCAACAACUCCCCUCCGCCUCACCCGGUGUCUCCCCCGAUAGACUACGGGAUCGAUCUGGUAGAAGUUGCCGAGGCUGCUCGUAUAAAGGCCCGUCGCAGUCGCACUACCUUCACCACCUUUCAGCUACACCAGCUGGAGCGCGCCUUUGAGGUGGCCCAGUAUCCGGACGUCUUCAAGAGGGAAUACCUAGCCGUUAGGCUGGGACUGAGCGAGGCCCGAGUUCAAGUUUGGUUCCAGAACCGACGGGCGAAAUGGCGUAAAACUUCAGAGAAGAUGACAGGAUCGGAUAGUCCUGGCCACUACAAUCCCCACCAACAUGAUGAUUUCAUGGAUGCUCAUGUUAUGGCUUCAGAUAUCCCCACAGAAGGUUUCCCUAUUUGGGCGGGUCCCAACAACCCACCUGGUGUCAACCCCGGUCUCAUGACGCACGUGCGGGCACCCACCAAUCAACUGUACAAUCACCACUGUGACUAUCUUCAGACAGCGGUUCCCAACUGGUUUACAAGGCGGACCGUGUUCAUCCCUACCCUGGCGCAGCAGCAUGGGGCCACCAGUGUAGAAAGAGUGUCUUCCCCCGUGUCAAAACGCGGGAGAAAGACCCAGGCCUCGCUGGUGACGUAAAUUCCAUUAUGAUGCGCAGCACUACCUAGAGUAUUAAGCAUCAGGACUCUGCGAAGCAAGCUACAAAAAGGGACAGUCGAAUCUCCGAUUUACUCUUAUCAAUCACACCAUAGACAGUAGACUUGCUGAAUCAAUAUUCUGAACGAUAUAUCAUAUUGGGAUGAGAUUGAAAUGUGCAUUCUUUAAACGACAUUGCUUGAAGGUGGUCCACAUUGCAAAAUGUAAAAGCGUAUGACUUCAGUCUGGAUUCAGACUUUUUAAAUCAAAUCAUUAUGCUUUUCUUAUCGGUGACGGCGCCCUGAUGGGUGACCAUCUAUUUGAGUUGUCUUUGAUAGAAAAAAAAAUUGUACGAGGAGCCGGCUAUUGUGUUUAAAAAAAUCAUAUAAUCGGGGCACAUUUUAGAGAUCGAAAUUCUACGUGAGAGCGACAGAUGUUUGUUGCUAAUAGUAAUACCCCCAAACGCAGUGUAUUGCAAUGGGAAAAUACUUUUUGCAAGACAUUUCCACUAGCGGUGCACCUUAUCCAUGUGUAUAGGGUCUACUCUUGCUCGUACCCACCCUCCAUUCUAGGGUGCUGGAUUGGUAACCGCCAUGAUACGGGUACGUUCCGUGCGCAUUGACCUCGGGUGACUGGCUUACGAAAUGUAUCCAAUGAGAGCACACGGAAGAAAUUGGAGGCAACCCGUGGAUAGAGCGAUGGGCAUACAUUGUCAACUGAGGGCGCUUUUCCAUCUAUCUGUCCAUAGUACCAGUGCCAUCUGUCAAUGAGGGAAAACGAGUGUAUUAAACGAGUAAAUAAAGGUGUCUGUAAACAG